AUGUCAAACUCAUCUUACGUUUCUACACUUAUCCUAAAUGCACAGUUAUUUUCCAGCUAUUCCACAUACAUAGAAUUCGCUAUUGGUCUCAUUGGAAAUAUUUUCAACAUCCUUGUUUUUACUAACACGAAGAUUUUUCAUCAGAAUCGUUGUGCUUUUUAUUUGGUUGCCGAGUCUAUUUUUGACAUUGGACAACUUACUCAAAACUUUGCCAAUACAAUUUGGGCACUAUUUCUCAACGGAAAUGAUCCAACUACUGUCUCACUUACUUGGUGUAAAUUAAGAAGCAUUUUCCCACAAUGGUAUCGACUUAUGUUAUCUGCAAUAGUAUGUUUCGCAGCUAUUGACCAGUUUCUUUCAACCCAUCAUCGACCUUAUCUACGACAAUUAAGUUCAUUAACAAUAGCUCGGUAUCAAGUUUACUUUGCUACUGGUUUCUGCCUUCUUCAUACUAUACCAGCUGCAGUUUUUCUACAAAUUUCUCCUAUAUUUGGCUGUAUUGUAUCUAGCAUUGGUUUGAUAAACUAUUACUCUUAUGCAUUUUAUCCAAUUAUUAAUGGUUUAUUUCCAAUAUGUGUAUCAUCAUUAUUUAGCAUAUUAGCAUAUCGAAAUGUUCGUCAUAUAGUUCGACGUCAAAUUCCUAUUAAUCGUCGACGACUUGAUCAACAAUUAACAGCAAUUAUCUUUGUUCGAGUAAUAUUUUAUGUGAUACUACAACUACCUUUUACUAUCUAUCGAAUCUAUUCACUUAAUAUGAACAUUCCUAAAGGAAAUACAAUCGCAUAUGCAAUCGAUCGAUGGAUACAAGCAGUUGUUCUUGUAUUAGCCUAUUUGAGCCAUGCAAUAAAUUUUUAUAUAUUUUUGUUAACAUCAUCACGAUAUCGUCGACAGGUGAGACAUUUUAUAAUGAAAACAUAUGAAGCGUUGGCAGGAUGGUGUUGUAACGAUCACCAUCGAGUUCAUCCACUUGAUGCCACAUCAUGUCGAUCUGGUGCCGAAUUUGAAUAA